CAGGCGAGGGGGCGGAGGAGCGGGCAGAGUCCGCAGCCUUCCCGCCUGCGUCCAUCUGUCUGCGGGGCCAACCGAUCCGCGGCGAGCCCGGGCUCGACGUCCUCUUGAGGGACGGCGCCCCCGACGGUCCCAAGGAUGCACCGGCGGGGCUGAGGUGCCACCCGCCGCCCCAACCGCCCCUGCCCCGGGGUCCGGGACCAGAGCCAGCCAGCCGCCUGCCAGGUUGGUGGGAGCAGCCAGCGGCCGGGGGAUGAACUGCCGGGCUGAGGUCCUGGAGGUGUCCGUGGAGGGGCGGCAGGUGGAGGAGGCCCUGCUGGCCGUGCUGCACACCGUGCUUCUGCACCGGAGCACCGGCAAGUUCCACUACAAGAAGGAGGGCACCUACUCCAUCGGCACUGUGGGCACCCAGGACAUCGACUGUGAUUUCAUUGACUUCACCUACGUGCGCGUCUCCUCCGAGGAGCUGGACCGGGCCCUGCGCAAGGUCGUUGGGGAGUUCAAGGAUGCCCUUCGUAACUCGGGCGGGGAUGGACUAGGGCAGAUGUCCUUGGAAUUCUACCAGAAAAAGAAGUCACGGUGGCCAUUUUCUGAUGAGUGCAUCCCAUGGGAGGUGUGGACAGUCAAGGUCCACGUGGUGGCCUUGGCCACAGAGCAGGAGAGGCAGAUCUGCCGAGAGAAGGUGGGAGAGAAGCUAUGUGAGAAGGUCAUCAACAUCGUAGAGGUGAUGAACCGGCACGAGUACCUGCCCAAGAUGCCCACACAGUCUGAGGUGGACAACGUGUUUGACACAGGGCUUCGGGAUGUGCAGCCCUACCUCUACAAGAUCUCCUUCCAGAUCACAGAUGCCUUGGGGACCUCAGUCACCACCACCAUGCGGAGGCUCAUUAAGGACACGCUGGCCCUCUAGUUUCAAAGAGCCAGGCCACGAGAGAGGACUGGUUGGGAGACUAACUCUUGGUAGCCUUUCCAGGGUUCUGUGGGCCUCAGCAAUGGGGCGACCGAAUUCUUUUUCUCCUUGAGGACUUGAAUGGGCAAGGUGCAUGUAGUGGGGGAGCCUGCUCUAUAUUCCUGGGGGGUAUUUGGAAGGGGUUGUGACAAAAAUCAAGGGUUGUGGUACCUGGGCCAAUCAGAGUAGAAGUCAGGCCUGCUGGCCAAGCUUUCUAGGAGCAACCUGUUAUCCUCAGGCCCUUCUUCGCUCCUGAGAUGAUCUCUUGAAUUGAAGCUCCCCCCCCCUCUUUUUUUUGCUGACAGCAAAGGCUCUCUCCCCAUCCCUCUCAAACUGUUGAAGGAUAUGCUCAUCUUCAAGUCCUUGCUUAGGACACUAUUACUGUCUUUUCAGAUCCCUGGUAUGGGAGUCCCUUUCCCCUCUUCCUCCUCUUCUGUACAGAAAACACACUAAGGAAUAGUGAAUAAAAGUUGGAAAUGUGA